ACGGUUCAACAAACUUUUGACAUGGAUCAAACAUAUAACAAACCAUUAACGAUAAAAGACUCAAAUCAAGCGAAUUAAAAAACAAGACUCAGGUCAACAAACCAUAUUAGCCUACGUUGCAUCACGAUAAUGAAGAAUAACUUAUAGAUCCAUCCCCUUUUGUCUCCUAAUUCUUAAUUUUUUAGAAAGAGAUCAUUAUUGUUCUCGGAUGGAGAUAUUUAGAAAGGCAACGAUUGUACGUCUCCGUAGCCACAACGACAAAUACCUAAGUGCCGAUGAAGAUCAAGAAUCCGUUCAUCAAGAUCGUCGCGGCACAACAAAAAACACUAGAUGGACGGUUGAGAUCGUACCUGGAUCCAAUGUGAUCCGUCUUCAAAGCUGUUACGGCAAAUACCUUACCGCCACUAAUAUUCAUUUCCUCCUUGGAGCCACCGGCGAAAAGGUACUUCAAACUCUACCCGAAAAGUUGGAUUCAUCUGCGGAGUGGGAGCCGCUAUCAGACGAUGGUGUACACGUACGGUUCAAGAGUCGCUACGGACAAUAUCUGAGGGCAAACAAAGGUGUACCACCGUGGAGAAACUCUAUCACACACGAUAUUCCUAGUCGUACGGUCACACAAGAUUGGGUCAUGUGGACUGUUGACGUUCUUCAGAUUCGAGUUAUCAAAGAUGAUGCAGAGUCUACCCACAGUUCUUCCACUUUUUCACGGAUUGAGUCAGAUGAUUCGUUUAUUGUGAGUUUACCACUCAAGUCCGAAGGAAGGCUAAUAUAUUACGAGACCGGAGAUGAUAGUGGGAACAUAAAUAAGGAAAUAGGAGAAAAAUCAUUGAUAUUCCAUGGAAGCGAGUUGAUAGAACUAAAGAAGAAGCUUGAGGAAGAAACAGAGAUGGAAGAUGUUAUGAUUUGGUGUAGAAAUCCUUUGAACGAAAAGCUUUGUCCUCUUCAAUUGCAUCUUCCUCCUAACAACGCAACUAUGCACAUCAUCGUCUUUCCUUCUUCUUGCGAGAUUGACAAGUGAUUGUCAAUAAUAUAUUAUCAAAUUAUAACCAACUUGGGAAGAAGAAAAAAAAGAUUAUUUUGUUAUUUGUGUACGAAGAAAGAAGUCAUUGUGAAGCUAAUUUAUUCUUCAUAUUCCAA